ACGCCCGAUGCGAUCGAUUGCGCGGACUUGAGGAAGACCUUUGGCUCUGGCUCGGUGACCAAGGAGGGCAUGAGUAGGCUCUUCCGCGUCAAGCGCUCGAUGGACGACGUCGCCUCAGAGUCGUCGAGCCUGCUGACGGUGACCGCCCCCAAGAUGGAAUCGGGCAAUCGUGGUGGCAUCAAGAUCGAGCCUCGAGAUCCUGGCCUUGACCGAGUUGGAGUCGUCGAGCACGCGGGGCUCCCGCACCCUGCGGGCACACCGUCGGGGACUCCGUCGGCAGAGGAGGUCGCCUUCAGGAACGCUACGUCGGUCGCGCCGAGGGUGGCCGAGCUCACAGCCCAGAACGUGCUGCUCCACGAGCAGCGCCUGAACGCCAUGGGGUCGCAGCGCGUCGACGAGGCUAGCGGCGCGACGGAGUCGAAUGACCCCGAGCUCGCCAAGCUCCACGGGUACAUUGCUGAUGGCGGGUUCCCCAUUCAGAGUACGAUGGCGAACCACUUUCGCGAGCUGCACAAGAAGGGCACGGAGGCGGGGGACAAGUACAGGGCGCUGAGCAGGGGUGAAGCGAAGCAGUUUCGUUUGGACUUCUUGAAGAGCAAGGCCGAAGAACGGGAGGCGAUACUAUCCCAGACGACUACGUGGUCCAAGACAGAUUUCCAAGGUUGCCACUAUCGGACGGCCGCCAAGAUCUUCGAGGAUAUGGGCGGAAGGUCGGACCCGAUGAUUGCGGACGGCGUCAUCAGGGGCGUGGAGAAGUGCAUCGCGUUGGGCCCUCCAUGGAUCCAGCGCCACCCCCAGACGGGGAUCAUGGAGUACGUCAUCAUCCAGUUCGGCUGGGUGGAGAAGUUCAACAAAGCGUGGUCCGAAUACAUCGAGAUGAAGAAUGUCGCCCCCGAUGGCCAGUCGGGCUCCGCCGUCGACCCGAACCCGAAGCCCCAGAAGGUGCCCAGGGUGAAACCUCAGGCGCAGGUUCCGCAGCCUCCCACGCCGAACGAGGAGCCCGCCGAGGUCAAGCUCACAUCGGUCCUGGCCACCGCGACAAAGUUCAAGUCCAAGGAGAUCCUUCGCUCUCGUGAUUUCAAGGACCUCAAGAAGAAGUACACGAAGGAGAUGCUGCACGUGGAGCUGGGGAGGUUCAUCGGUCACAAGAAGAGCGUCGAUACGAUCGAGUCCAAGGUGCGUGCGCUCUACGCGGCGCACGAGAACCUGUCGUGCGGUGCGAGC